GAAUGAGGGAAGAGACACGGCCUUGUCUGUCGCAUACUGCUUGUGCACGGACUACGUUGUGCAGAACAGUGAGCUCCGUGCUCGGCUCAGUCUCCCAUUCGGCUGCUGUCAGGACUGUGCUUUUCCUUCAGCUCCGACUUCGAACCCCCACACAAGCCAUCAAGUGAGCAAACAGCUGCUGAAUCCCAAACAGCGUCCAUAAGAAAAAGUGAGGAAAAUGGCUGAAGUGGAGGAAACCUUGAAGAGGAUUCAAAGUCAGAAGGGUGUCCAGGGGAUCAUCAUCGUUAAUGCAGAAGGGAUCCCCAUCAAGUCCACGCUGGACAACUCCACCACCGUGCAGUACUCGGGGCUCAUCCACCAGCUGGUGAUGAAAGCGCGGAGCACCGUGCGGGACAUCGACCCCCAGAAUGACCUCACCUUCCUCCGGCUCCGCUCCAAGAAAAACGAAAUCAUGGUCGCCCCAGAUAAAGAAUACUUCCUCAUUGUCGUCCAGAAUCCUACAGAAUAAGAAGACCUAUUCCUUUUAUUAAGUUAUUUUUUUUUAUUUACAAGGCCAAAUGGUGUAUGUCGAGAACUGUGCCAGUGUCGGAUAAAUUGUUCUAGGUUUAUCUUGGAGAAAAAAGCAUAAAUUAGUUUCAUCACAAGUAUUCAUUUUGUGCAAAGAGUGUAAUUCAGUGCAAUAAGAAGUAAACCUUUACUGCAGCUCCAUUCCUCUGGUUCCCAAGCUAUACAUCAUAACUAUACAAUGAAAGAGAAUGUAUUCUCCAUGCACAUGCAGCAGAAAGCACAGGCUAGGAACUGCUGCUGCUUUAAAGAGUUGGAAACAAAAUCACUGAAGUGCAGGGGUGAAGACUGACCAGGUCCAGUGUGAUCCUGUGUUUAAUUCCGGACUGCUUCCAUGAAGGCCUGCAGCAUUAAUGAUUAAGCAUCCUGCACUGUCCUGCUCAAAAACUGGUCACUAUAUUUUCAAAGACGUUAUCAAUGUAGAACUUGUUCUUAUUUACAUUUAAACAAUCUUUUAGUUUAAUAAAACUUGAGGGGUUGGAAAGCUGUGGUUUUCCCCAAAGGGAGCUGGCUUGCAGAGGGUGUUUGAAUUUGAUUUGUAUUUGUUUCCAUUCAUUUCCUGCACCUGUGAGCUUAAAAGGCAUCUGCAGCUCAACACGGUUUUUACUGUGGCUUUUGGGAAGAGUAGAUUCCACUACGUGUACAGUGCUUUUCCUCCGAUGUAAGGCCGUUUAAAAUCUCUUGAUUUCUUCAGCUGACUAAAGACAGCCACCCACUGGAUGAGUGCAGAAAAGACUCAUCUUGGCUCUUGCCCCUACUGUGUUUUGGACCAUGAAGCACCCUUUUCCUUUACAGAACUUGUUCCAUACUAUAUAUUUAAGAAAGUCAUGUGUCAAUUUAAAAGCAUCUAAUAAACUUCUCAUGGUGGCAAUAUG